AUGGCAGACGCGAAUCGCAAUGUGGUCCCUGGGACCAUCCACCUCGUCGACACCGAGGCUGCUGAACACUCCGGCAAGAAGGACAUUGUCCUCAACCCACGGCCGAGUUCAGACCCAGAGGAUCCGUUGAACUGGACCAAGAAAAGGAAGCUGUGGGCCAUCACCAUGGCGUACAUCUACAUCCUGGGCAUCGGCAUGUCUACAACUGUGCAGUAUUCGAUCUUGACCAAUAUCGGCGAGGCAACCGGCAUCUCAAUUGCUGAUAUCAAUACUGGAACCGGCCUGCAAUUCCUGUUUGCAGGGUGGGGAUGCCUUUUCUGGCAGCCAGUGGCACUCACAUACGGACGGCGAGGAGUUUAUAUCCUGAGCAGUCUGUUGGCAAUCGGCCCUAUGAUCUGGACGGUUUACACAACCUCUACAAGUAUAUGGUGGGCUCACCGCAGUCUCCUGGGGCUCAUCGUCGCUCCAGUGGAGUCACUGGGCGAAAUCUCCGUCUCGGACCUGUUCUUCGCCCAUGAACGUGGCAAUUACAUGGGCAUCUAUACCCUGCUUGUGUUCGGCUCGAAUGCCCUGGCACCCUUUCUGGCUGGAUUCGUCACCUACUCCAUGGGCUGGGAGGCAGCCAUAUGGUUCGGAACCAUCAUCCUCGGCGUCUGUACGGUCAUCAUUUAUUUCGGCAUGGAAGAGACCAUGUUCUUCCGUCAGACCAUCGAAGGCGUUGACGAAGGAGCCGCAGAGAUGACCACUGGCAUCGAGACCUUGGGAGAAAAGACCGAUGCUGUCUCCAAGAGUGCACCUCUCCAGGAGCCAAGCUCUCCCAUUGUUGAGUCCAUUCGCGUCAAGAAACGAACCUACUGGCAGAAGCUGCAGCUUUUCAGACUCGACAAAGACCGACCGUCAGUGAAACAGAUGUUCAUCAUGAUGGUCCGACCGCUUUGGAUGUUCUUCUACUUCCCCAAUGUCAACUGGGCCGGCUUCCUUUAUGGCUCCUGCUUGUGCUGGUACAAUGUGCAAAACGCCACCAUGGCCUUGAUCCUGAAUGCCGCUCCGUACAACUUCUCCGCCAGGGCGGUUGGCAUUUCCUACCUGUCGCUACUGAUUGGUUGCUGCGUCGCCUGGUGGUGGGCAGGCUGGGCCGGUGAUGAGAUCGCCAUCAGAGUCGCUAGGCGGAACAGGGGCAUACGCGAGCCAGAGCACCGACUCUGGCUUCUGACCUUUUCCGGGACGCUUGCAACAGCCGGACUGAUCCUUUGGGGGGUUGGCGCCGCUCACCAAAUCCAAUUCAUGGGUCUGAUCAUUGGCCUUGGUAUGACCAGUUUUGGCAUCGUGAGUGGCGGAAGCACUUCUCUGGCAUACGACGUCGAUUGCUUCAAGGAGAUUGCCGGCGAGACUGUGGUUCUAGUCAUUGUGAUUCGCAAUACAAUGGGCUUUGGUAUGAACUACGGAAUCACUCCGUGGUUGGAGAACACCGGGACGCAGAACUGCUUCAUCGCCGUGGCUUUCCUCUGUCUGUUCUGCAACUUCAGUUUCCUGUUCAUGACCGUCUGGGGCAAGAAGUUAAGACGCAUGUCCGCAAAGAAGUACUGGGAAUAUGUGGACACUCUGAUCGUCGCGGCACAUUAG